AUGAACAUUGGCACACACACCAAGGAUCUCGUUUACAUUGACGCUGAGAGACGGUUCAAAGAGCUCGAAGACGAGACUAAGAAACUGCACGCCGAGUCGACCAAGUAUUCCGAGGCAGUUAACGGUAUGCUCAAGCAUCAGAUCGAAUUUUCGAAAGCAGUGGAAGAAAUCUAUAAACCCAUUUCAGGACGAAUGAGCGACCCCAACUCGACGCGUCCAGAGGGUAAUCCAGAGGGAAUUCAAGCAUGUGAACAGUAUCGAGACGUUGUAUUUGAAUUGCAAGCGACAUUGAAACCGGAGCUGGAGAUGAUUGAAACGAGAAUCGUGGCUCCGGCCGACGAGCUUUUGAAGGUGAUUAAAGCGAUCCGUAAAAUGAGCGUCAAACGAGACCACAAACAAUUGGAUCUCGACCGUCAUACAGCCACUCUUACCAAACUACAGGGAAAGAAAGAACGGUCUAUAAAGGACGAGAAGAAUAUGUAUACGGCAGAGAACAAUGUGGAGAUCGCCAAACAGGAGUACGACUAUUUCAACAAUCUGUUGAAAGAAGAGCUACCAAAGCUGUUUGAGCUGGAGGCCGAGUUCAUCCGUCCGUUGUUUCAAUCGUUUUACUACAUGCAACUCAACAUCUUCUACACAUUGUACAACCGUAUGGAGGAGAUGAAGAUCCCAUAUUUCGACCUAACUGCCGACAUUGAGGAGUCGUUCAACCGUAAGAGAGGCGAUAUCCAGGAACAGGCCGAGGCCAUUGGAAUCACGCAUUUCCGAGUGGGCCAUGCCAAGAGCAAGCUCGAAUUGACCAAGAAGAAGUACGGUAAAGAGACUGAAGCUGGUGCUGCUGGAGCUGCUGCUGGAGCUGGUGCCUAUGGAGCAGGAGCUUAUGGAGCAGGAGCAGCAGCUGCUGGAAGUGAAGGAGUUCCUCCACCCUACCAGGGAUACGGACAACAACCUCCUCAAGAGAAGUAUGUAUAUCAAGCACCUGGAGCCCCUGCUGCUGCUGGCUACGGACAACAACCGGCUUAUGGUCAACCAGCAGCAGCACCAGCUGGUUAUGGUCAACAACCGGCUUAUGGUCAACCAGCAGCAACAGCAGCACAACCUGUGUAUGGACAACCAGCAGCAGCGGCAGCAGCAGCAGCUGUUCCCACAGCAUACUCGCCAUCACCGGUGUCACCCGUGGCCGCGAGCCCUGUAGCACCUGUGGAGUACUGUACCGCGCUGUACGACUACGAAGCACAGGCCCACGGCGACCUGUCCAUCCACGCGGGCGACCGCAUCGAAAUCGUGCAACGAACAGCCGACCCCAACGGCUGGUGGACGGGCAAACUCAACGGCGUCCAGGGCGUUUUCCCGGGAAAUUACGUCCAACUGGGCUGA